UAGAGGUGUGGUCUGUCCCUGGCAGGUAAGUUUACCCCAAAGUGCUGCCAAGAAACAGGGAUAAUAAAAAUCGAGGUGUCCCCACCUCCCUGUGACUCAACUCAUGCCUGAUAGAGAUGAUAUUACGUUGCUUCACUUGCCAAGCAUCACUAGAGGAAGGUGCGCAGAUUACAGAGACAGACAGUCAGACUAUCUGCAUGGACAUCUGAAAAAGCUGCUCAGACCCCAUGAGAGGCUGAACAGAGCAGUGAAUGUCAUGGAGGAGGGAAUUGAUAACCCCAGCUUUGUUUCUAGUGGAGACUUGGAUCUGCAAUCCUUGGAGAAGAGGAAUGGAACCCUGCAACCCCCAUCUCAGCCCCCAGAAGUGUCCCAUCACUCUGAGGAGGAGUUUGAAGAAGGUCCCUGUGGAUGGGGUAGCUGUGUCCCAAGGUGCCUGCAGUGGUGCAACAACCCCAAGGGGUAUUUAUUGAUGUACAGCCUUCUGGCUAUUAUGCAAGGUACUCUAGUGAACGGUUUGGUAAAUGUUGUAAUUUCUACCAUAGAGAAACGUUACAGCCUGAACAGUUCCUUGACCGGAUUAAUUGCUGCAAGUUAUGACAUUGCAUUUUGCCUUUUAUCACUUUUUAUAUCUUUCUAUGGACAAAGAGGUCACAAGCCGCGAUGGCUUGCUUUCUCAGCAUUUAUGAUUGGACUUGGAGCACUCGUAUUUUCUGUGCCUCAUUUUGCUAGUGGAUCAUACGAGUUUGGAAGCAAAUUCAAUGAGGAAUGUGGCUCCACUGGGACUAACAGCACUCUUGUAGAUUGUACAAAUGAGAACAAAAAAUCUUCACUCUCUAAUUUCCUCUAUGUCUUCAUUCUGGGCCAGCUGCUUAUGGGAGUUGGGGGAACUCCUCUGUACACCCUUGGAACAGCAUUUUUUGAUGACAGCCUCCCCACUCACAAAUCAUCACUAUAUAUAGGGAUUGCAUAUGGAAUGUCUGUAGUAGGACCUGCAGUGGGUUACCUAAUAGGAGGACAACUUUUAGAUAUAUACAUUGAUUUUAAUACGGGUGUACGUGUUGGUCUUACGCCAAGUGAUCCUCGGUGGCUCGGUGCGUGGUGGAUUGGAUUUUUAAUUUGUGGUUUUAUAACGUGGCUGCUGAUAGCACCUUUUUCUUGUUUCCCAAAACAUUUGCCAGGAACAGCACAAAUACAGUCUGAAAGAAUAUCUCAGGCUCAUAAUGAUGGAAGUGAAAAUAUUGUCGAUGAAAAAAAUCUGGGUAAAGGUUUUAAGGAUUUUCCCAUUUCAUUGUGGUUGAUGUUGAAAAAUCCAGUCCUUAUGGCUUUAACGUUUGCAAGCUGUGCCGAUGCAUUCAUCACCACAGCAUUUGCUGCUUUUCUCCCCAAAUUUAUUGAAAACCAGUUUUCACUGACCUCCAGCUUCUCUGCAAUUUUAGGAGGUGGUGUUUUAAUCCCAGCAGCAGCCAUCGGCCAAAUUGUAGGUGGACUUAUUAUUUCCAAAUUCAAAAUCGAAUGUAAAAAUUCAAUUCUCUUCUCAAUAAUCAUGUCGUUUGUAUCGGUGGCUCUUAUGACCGUAUUUAUUUUUGCAAAAUGUGGGAACGAUCCAUUUGCAGGUGUUUCUAUUUUAUAUAACGGAACCGGAGAAAUCGGGGAAAUCUCUGCCCCGUGUAACAGCAACUGCUCCUGUGCGCGUUCCUUUUAUGACCCAGUUUGUGGUUCGGAUGGAGUGCAGUAUUUUUCAGCUUGUUACGCAGGAUGCUCAUCCAUUACACUAGAUGGCAGUAACAAGAUAUAUAGUAACUGCUCAUGCAUUGGAGAUAAGGUUCGGACAAUAGAAAACCACGCUGCAAGAUUUAACGAAUCACAAGUCAUCGCAGGGAAAUGUAAAACUACCUGUACAAGUUUAAUACUAUUUAUGGCGUUCUUUUUUUGUGUGGUUGUUGCCACUUUCAUGAUCGCCACUCCAGUAACGAUGGCCAUUAUAAGAUGUGUGCCAGAUAAACAAAGAGCCUUUGCCCUUGGUGUGCAGUGGUCAUUUAUAAGAUUAUUAGGUUCUAUUCCUGGUCCUAUUUCAUUUGGUGUUCUAAUAGACAGUAGUUGCAUGCUCUGGAACAUAAAUGAGUGUGGAACAAAGGGAGCAUGCUGGACUUAUAAUAAUCCAGACACAUCUAUCAAACUUAUAAGCGUCAGUGCAGCAAGCAAGGCGAUCACUAUAAUAUUCCUUUUUGUGGCAUACUUCAUUUACAAACCUCCUCCAAGCAAAACAGAACCUGAGAAAGACAGCGACAAAAUAAUAUCUUCAGUGUCCCUUUAAAAUUUCUCAAACACUGAAGAUGUUUCGUACUGUAUGGGCACCAAGGGGAAAUAAUGGACAGUAUUUUCUAGUUUUAACAAUAUAGAAUUUAUUAUAUUGCAUACACCCAAAGAGCUUAUUUUAAAACUUUAAACUAGAUCUGGCAUAGUCCAUUUUUACAGCAUUGUGUAGGUAAUUUAAAAACUGUGUAUAGUUUGUGUUGUUGAAAGAAAAUUCCAAUACAUUAUUCAUAUUUAAGUUAAUGGAUGGCAUGGAAUGGAAUUUCUUUGCGUAUGAAGUUGAACGAACCAUUAAAAACGUUCUGCAAAGUGCUAACCCGAGGCAGUUCUGUAGAUCGUUCGAUGUUUGGAGUUAUACUUGCAUACACAUUCUUAUGAUCUCUCCAAACCUUGCUUGAGGAUAACUUAAACAUGAAAGAUUAUUAUUAUUAUUAUAAUUUUAAAUUAAAUUGUUUUAUUAAGAAAACAAACCGUUUCAGUUUUUUAAAAUCUAGAAAAGAAAGUAGUAAACUCGUGAUUUGACAUUACGAAUACAGGAGUACUGGUAACUAAGAAAAAAGAUAAGGUAGAUGUACAUUUUUGUUGAUAUAAAUCCGCACAACUAAAAACUAUUAAAACAAAAAAUUCUUUAAAAAUUUAAUUUUAAUACAGAAAUAGCACUGUACUGCAGAUUAGUAAAGAAUAGUACAGAUUUUUAUUUAGAGGUUAUAUUAACCUUAAUUAGUGUAUAAAUAAAUUUAGUGGAUAACCGAUUAAUGUCAACAAAAUACAACCUGGUGUUGCAACUUUUUUAAAGUUCAUUUAUUAAAACUGAUUUGUAAUGAAUUUAAAGCAAUAUAUUGGGAUUUGAUAAUGUUCACCUGAAGCAGUAAUUUAAAUCUCAAAAGCUACCUCUGUAUUUUUGUGCCGAUCUCUUACUAGUGGAUAUUUUUGGAGUAAAUUAUGUAUUAUAAAUGAAAUUGACUAUGUACAGAAUAUACAGUAUAUUUUUAUUAUUGGGAAUAUAAUUGUUAGUAAUGUAUGACAUGUGUUCAGUGUUCUGCAGCUGACACUAUUACCAAUUUUUCUAUGUUAUUUAAUAAUCUAGGUUUCCAAAUUCAGGUCUAUGGACUACAUGC